UAAGCUUGAAAUGCACCUUGAAAAAGUGCUUGAAAAGUGCUUGAAUUUGACUUUGCAAAAGGUGUAAGAACCCUGUAGAAGAGACAGAAAGACUCUUCCUCAGUUCUUCCUCCCUGUAAAAUGGCGAUAAUAAUGCUCUGCUGCCUUCGUGUGGCGAAAAGCAGCAAUUACACCCUCACUUCAGCUGUUGCACACCAUCUGUUGUAAGUGUUUCCAUGGCAACUGUCUUCUGUUACCUGGUAAAGGUGAGAAUCAGCCGAGUCAACAAAGCACAGCAGCUGCAGGAACAGAGCAGAUAUGACCACCCUCUUCUCCAGAUAUCCUACUGGCAGGGAUGUCCAGGUGAAGAGCAUGGAGCAGGCGGUGAAGGAUGCAGAGAAGUACCUGGGGGAGAUCUGCUCGCUGCUGGCCUCCUACACCAGGAAGACGGCCAGGCUGAGAGACAAGGCCGACCUGCUGGUGGCUCAGCUCUUUGAAUUCUCCAGCAGAGAGGACCCCGAGCUGCAGAGCGGCCUGAAGAACCUGGCCGAGGACCUGGCCAUGGUGCAGGACUACAGGCAGGCUCAGGUUGAGAGACUGGAGACAAGAGUUGUCGCUCCUCUAAAAGCCUAUGGAGAAGUAGUUAAGAAUAAAAGGGCAGAUCUGAAGAAGUUCAGCACGGAUCUGAACAGAGAGCUGAAGGAGAUGCAGAAACUGGAGAAAAUCCGACUGAGGAACCCAGCGGAUCGACAGAGCAUCUCUCAGGCAGAAGUAAAUGCUCAGAAGGCGUCGAACAAUGCCCAGCGCAGCAUCAGACAGCUGGAGGAGAGCAUCACAGACUUCCAGAGGCAGAAACUGGAGGAUAUCAAAAGGAUCUUCACAGACUUCAUCACGGUGGAGAUGCUGUUCCAUGCCAAAGCGCUGGAGGUCUACGCACACACAUGCCACAACCUGGAGGAGAUGAACAUCCAAAAGGAUCUGGAGCUGUUCAAUGGACGGAUCAAGAUGUCCGACUCACUGGCUGGACGCCUCUCUCCUCUGAGCUCCUCUCCUCCCCUCACCGGCCUCUACCUCACUCCCCCUCUGGCCUCCCCCAAAGGUCAAACCUUCAGGUCAACGCUGGCCUCCACCACGGGCCAACACCACAGACAACACAGCCAGCACCCAGACACCGUCAGGAGGUCUCGCAGCACCUUACAACGCCAGAGAGGCAUAGAGGAGGAAGAAGAGGAGGAGGAAGAAGAAGAGGAUGAUGAUGAAGAAGAAGAAGAUGAUGAUGAUGAAGGAGAGGAGGAGAUUUCUGAAUCAGAGGAAGAACAGCACAAAGGCAGACAGUCGUACGCUGCUCAAUAUGCCCAGAUGCGCAGAUGGCAAAAGUAAAUGACUAUGCAUGGAAGAGGCCAACAUUUAAGCACACUCCCUACACAAGUGCAAAACUGCAUUGGGGACAAAUUCCAUUACACUUAAUUAAUAGUGUAUCUCUAUAAACUCCAAUCCCAUUUGUAAUAUGUUUGCAGAUGAGAAUAAUUGAUAUAUUACAGACAGGAAUGCGUCUUUGUAUUUUAUGUAGCUCUUCAAAAAAAAUAUCUGUGUACGACACAUGCUUAUUCAUGAUAUUGUAUUUUUACAUAUCAAAGAUAAUUUUUCCCUGUCUUUAUUUAACCUAAAAUAUUCAAAUGAAGUUGUAUUUGUAUAUUUAUAUUUUUUUGCAGAUUUACUUCUUUUGUAGAAGUCUUUCAAGUUGAGCGUUGUAUUUGUGGUGUCUGGAUAAGUGUUACACUUAUGUGAGAAACUCCAGUGCUCUAGUUGUUCUGACUGAAACCUGGCAACAAAGCAGCUUUUAUCCUUGUUUCCGUUCAGCAGAUGCCAUCUACACAUUGUUUUAACUGGAGAUAUAGCCAUUAUGAUGAAUUAAAAUAAAUAUUGAGUAUUGUUU